GUCCUCGCAGCUCUUUUCGUGAAGCAACUGCACAAGGUGGUAGGUCUGCAUUUAAGUAGGUAUUGCCAGACACGAUGGCGUCCAAAGCGUCGAGACAGCACAAGGCCAAGGAGAGGGCUCUGACGUUGCAGGAGCGCGAAAUGCACAGAUACUACCAACCAUGGCUUGACGCUCAAGGAUCCUCGGCCAAUGUCGCGUCGCAUGUCCAAAACCUAGACGAUGACUUCACCGUCGACACCUUGUCCGAAAAGGGCUUCAAUGCACAAGCAUCACAGGACACGACUCUGACUGCAUUCGCCCAACUCGCUGCCCUACGCCUCAAUGUCCGCCGAGCCAUGGUCUCAAUGAUUGAUUCAACACAUCAGUACAUCCUUACUGAAGCUACAAGAACGCUAUCGCUAGUUGACCAUACUCGCCAUGGUCCAGAUGAUGCUUUGUGGCUGGGUAGCGCUAGAGUCGCCCGUAAUGACGCAUUGUGUGAAUGCGCCUUUACAAGAACAUAUACAGUUCUCAAUGACCAGGGCGUCGCUCUCACCGCUAAUGCAGCGGUAAUACCCGAUUGUCGCCUGGAUGCCGAAUUCAACAACAGACCAUACAUAACUGACGAAACCAUCCGCUUCUACGCAGGCGUUCCGAUCAAGUCAAGAUCAGGACAUAAGAUUGGCGUCUAUGCCGUAUCUCAUGACCAACCUAGAGACCCUCUAACCUAUGACGAACUACGCUUCAUGCAAGACAUCGCUGUCGCUGUUAUGAAUCAUCUGGAAUGGGCCAGAGACCGUGUAGAUCGUUACAAGGGAGAGCGCAUAGUCCGUGGAAUGGCCGACUUCAUCGAGGGUGCACCCUCCAUGCGUGUCAUGAAAAAGGAGUCGGAUGCUGAUAACCAGCACACGACGGCCGCUCCGGAAGUCAAGUCGGGGUCAGACUUGCAGACUCGAUUGAAGGAUGACUCUCCUAAAAGACCGCCGACCAAAAGAACUGAGACCAAUAAGUCUGCCGGUAGGCCGACGUUAGAAUCCAGGUCAGAAUCUUUCGUGAGGCGACGCGAAGCCAAAGCGGACAACAUAUCCCGAUUGUUCGAUCGCGCGUCCCGAAUUAUGAAAGAGUCUACCCUUGCCGAAGGCGUGGUAUUCUUUGGCCCCUCUGGUACCAAUCCUGCGAAGCAAACAUUGAGGUCUGCCAUGUUAGCUCGUGACAAGACAUCAUCGGGCACUGACGACGAGUCCGCCAAACACCUCUCAGUCGACUCGGCCGAUGUCGAGAACUCCACUGAUUCGGACACCGGCCACCAGAUGCGCACUACCAAAAUUCUAGGACUCUCGCUGACCAACAACAAGGACAGCUCGCUAUUUCACAAUGCGGCGCUAGAUGUUCUGACUCUCGAGAACUACUUCAAGCUCUAUCCUAAUGGCAAAAGUCUUCACUUCUCAGAGGCCGGUUCUGGACUCUCUUCAGAGGAUGACAGUGCCAGUGAGAGUCAAAGAUCUGCUAACGACAAUUCGAAGACUGCUACUGAAACUACUUCACAAAAAGUGAUUGGGAAAAAGAAGAAGAUUCGGAUGAGUCACCAAGAGCUCCUCAAGAACCUACCAGGAGUCAAGAACGUAAUAUUCCUCCCACUAUGGGAUUACGUCGAGGAGAAGAUGGUUGCAGGUUGUUUCUUGUGGACGUCAAACACGGGAAGAAUGAUGAACCUGGAUGACGAUCUGACGUAUCUGAGGGCGUUUGGAAAUACCAUCAUGAGCGAAGUCGCGCGCAUGAACGCUCUCAAAGAUGACCGCGCGAAGACAACCUUCAUAGCGUCUAUGAGCCAUGAACUUAGAUCGCCUCUCCAUGGUAUUCUUGGAUCUGUUGAAUUCUUGCAGGACACAGCUGCUGAUGCUUACCAAGCUGGUUUGAUCAACUCGAUCUCAACGUGUGGAAAGACCCUGCUUGAUACACUCGAUCAUGUCCUUGAUUACGCCAAAAUCAACAAGCUGGGCCGAAAUCGUAUGAAGAAGGAUGCCAAGGCAAACAGACUUGCCUCCGCUACUGACUCACCUUCCGAGAGUCUUAGUAUUUCUGCCGACAUUGAUUUGGGUCUGGUAGUGGAAGAGGUCGUUGAAGCCGUUUGUGCUGGCCAUGCGUUCAAGAAGAUGCAUAAUCGAGAGCUCAAAUCGCGUGAUGGACCUGUGAUGACAUUGUCUCGUCAUGCAUCAGCAAGUGCAACGGCGACUGCGGAUGGAGCUAAUAUUAUGGAUGGCGAGGUCGCCGUUCUGCUCGAUGUCAGCCCUCGUGCUUCUUGGAUGGUACGCACGCAACCGGGAGCUCUCCGGAGAAUUAUCAUGAACCUUUUGGGCAAUGCUCUGAAGUACACCCCCAGAGGUUGGGUAGCAGUAUCUCUCCGAGCACAGGAAAGCUCACACCCAAACAAAAUUGACGUGGUGUUCAGAGUCAUCGAUUCUGGCAAGGGCAUGUCUGAAGACUUCCAGAAAAAUCGUUUGUUCGUCCCAUUCAGUCAGGAGGAUACCUUCCAACCAGGCACCGGUCUGGGACUCUCGAUUGUACGACAGAUUGUUGAUUCGUUGGGUGGCACCAUUGAGGUCAAGAGUGAGCAGAAUGUGGGCACUGAGAUCGACGUCCGCAUGAGUCUCUCGACACCGGAAACUGCUCCAGAUAAUAUACCAGACGAUGAGAUUGCUGCAGUCACCGCCAAGACGAAGGGUCUGAGACUGUGUCUUCUCGAUCCCAAUGGCGAGAAACAGAGGGAUCACAAUGAUCAUAUCAGUAGACUCGACACAACUCUAUCCGAAGUCUGCUGGGGCUGGUUCGAGAUGGAAGUCACCAAAGCAGAUAACCUGAAGGACGUCGAUGCCGAUGUGUAUCUGUACACAGAGCCUCCGACGGUCGAGUUCCUACUCGAGCAUCAUAGCGUCAAUAAAACCGGCAGUGCUGGAGGUAGAGGAAAGGAAGUUCCUCUGAUCAUAGUCUGUCUCAACGCUUCGGAGGCUCUGGAUAUCACUGCGAACCACAUCAAGACACUAUCAGAUCUUGGCAGAAUUGUCGAGGUGGUCUCACAACCCUGCGGGCCUCGUAAGCUAGCAAAGGUACUAAGUCAAUGCAUCACGCGCAUGGAAGAGACCUUCAACAGACCCAUGAAGCCGGACAGACAACCACAGGGACUACCUCACCGAUCAAGAUUGGAAGAUAUGGGCGCAGCUUCCGUCCUCGGACUCCCGAGCAUGACCCUCCCACGUCUCAACACGUCAGAAGAGAAUGCCGAAUCAACCCGCGCUCGAGAAUUUAUCCGUAACACGGCGCUAGAAGUCCCUCCUAGCACAGCAGUCGCCUUCCCCAACAUAGAUCGCGAUGCAGGCAGCGCUAGAGCACUCCAAGAUCAACCACACACGGAACAAGCACCCCAUGUCCUUCUUGUCGACGACAACCCCAUCAACCUACAACUCCUCGUCAUGUUUAUGAAAAAGCACAAGCUUCCAUACCAAGAAGCCACAAACGGCCAAGAAGCACUCGACAAAUACAUCGAAUACGGCAGUGGAGCACCCGACAAACGACCCUUUGAUUUCGUCCUCAUGGAUAUCUCCAUGCCAGUCAUGAACGGCCUGGAUUCUACUCGAGGUAUCCGCGCUUUCGAAAUCGAACACGGUAUCGAGAAGAAAGCUACUGUCAUCGCAUUGACAGGGUUGGCUAGUGCAGAGGCCCAGGCAGAUGCAGAAUCUUCGGGCGUUAAUAUUUUCAUGGCGAAACCUGUCAAGUUCCAGGCGCUGAGGCCUUUGCUUGUCAGUAAGAGUCCUGAGAAGAAGGUGGAAGAGCAGAAGGCUAGUUGAUCAGGCGGUUUGAUUCGCGCGAUUUCGAUCAAGAGAUUCAAGAGCUUCAAGAGCUUGGGGUCCCGUUUUGCAUUUUGAUGGUUCAUAGGUAUGAUUUUGAUGUUUUAUGAGCGAGCGUAUGUGCAACGAGAAGGGACGGCGUCGUGUGCUGUCAUUAGAUGUCGUUACUGGUGAGCGAGCAUAGAUACACAAAUAGACAUUGGCAUUGGCAUAAUCGGAUCUUGUCCGUCAGAACAUGCAUGAUUGAAUUCAGAACUCACUGCCAUUUGGC